CAACAUAGUAAAUAUAAAAUAUAUGAGUGGCCAUGACGCUACGAAACAGUCGAUUAUUGCGCGCACUAUCAUCGUUCUGUAGUUUCAUUCCAGUCGCGAUAUUUACAGCGUAAACACCGCCAGCAAUAGAAGAACCUUAGAAACAUGACCAGGCCGAAAUUGUACUACAGCCCCGUCAGUCCGGCAGUCAGAUCAACUUUACUGACCAUCGCAGCUCUGGACCUGGACGUCGAACUGAUCCCCGUCAACUUGAUGGCCGGUGAACAUCUCACACCGCAAUUUUUAAAGAAAAAUCCUCUGCACACAGUACCUACCCUGGAAGACGGCAACUUUGUGCUUUUUGACAGUCACGCGAUCAACGCUUACUUGGUAGGAAAAUAUGGAAAGAACGAUUCCCUGUACCCAAAGGAUCUCCAGAAGAGAGCAAUAGUAGACCAAAGAUUACAUUUCGACUCUGGAAUUUUAUUUCCUCGAAUGGGCGCUAUAGUUGGUGCAAUACUCAGACAAGGAGCUAAAGUAGUUGAAAAGGACAAGGCUGAUCUAGUAGCUCAAGCUUACCAAUCCUUAGAGACGCUCCUAGAAGGCAACACUUACGUAACAGGCAACGAACUGACAAUAGCCGAUUUCAGUUUAGUAGCUACAGUUUCCAGCACCAACUCAGUUCUAGUACCAGUUGCAUCCAACACGUAUCCAAAAAUCACUGCCUGGCUAGCUAGAAUGCAAUCGUUGCCAUACUACAAUAAUGCGAAUCAAGUGGGAGUUGACAUGUUCAAAGGAAUGAUCCAAAGCAAAUUGGCUUAAGUUAAAUAUUUACUUUUGUGUUAAAUUGCCUAAUAGACGAAUAAGAAACAUGUAUUUUUAACAAUGCUUUAUAUGUUUGUAAAUUUGAAGUGUGUUUUGACUGUUUGAUAUUUCAUAUAAUAAACGAAUUAACAUAGA